CCCAGUUGAGCGCAGGCGAGGCGUCUUGGUCAGGAAACAAACUUUCACCUGGAAGAUGUCACGACCCUCUGCGUCCCCGGAGCGGGUCAGAAACAGUUUGAUAGAUGAUGCUAAGACCUGCUUAAAAAAGUAUGAUGUUGGGACCAAAUAUUCUCACUUAUCGUCUAACAAAUAUUCUGUCCUUUUACCAUUGUUGGGAAAAGAAGGAAAACUCCACCUGUUAUUCACCCUCCGGUCAGAGAAGCAUGUGGACCUGUUCUGAGGGCUCAGUGGAAAAACUUCUUGUGACGCAGCAUGCCCGCAGCAGGCUAAGAAGGUCCCCUGGAGAAGUUUGCUUCCCUGGAGGCAAGGCUGAACCGGCAGAUGUGGAUGAAGUGGCCACGGCUCUCCGGGAAGCCCAGGAGGAAGUAGGGCUGCAUCCUCAUCAAGUGGAGGUUGUCUGCUGCCUGGUGCCAUGUCUGCUUGACAGAGAUACAUUGAUAAGCCCAGUUGUCGGAUUUAUAGACCACACCUUCCAGGCCCAGCCUAAUCCCGAUGAAGUGAAGAGUGUGUUCCUGGUGCCUCUGGAAUAUUUCCUGCAGCCAGGUGUCUACCACCAGAAUUACGUGACACAUUGUGGUCAUCAUGUUAUUAUUCACUGCUUUGAGUACACAAACCCUGAAGAUGGUGUCACUUACCAAAUCGAGGGAUUAACUGCAAAAUUUGCCCUGUUCCUUGCCUUAAUUAUUUUGGGGAAAAAACCUAUCUUUGAAAUGGAGUUUAAUCUCAGUGAUCUAAUUUCAUCCUCUGAAGAGACCUUCCUGAAACUAAAUAAGCAUGCUACAAGCAAGUUAUGAUUUAUGAGACCACCAUCCAAAUAACUCAGAGGAUUUUGUUCAAGAAGAACAACAGUAUUGCUAGCUGUUGGAAACUGACAGGUGUGACUUUCUCCUGCAACAUGAAGGUAAAAAACCUUGCCUUUUUCCCACUUGCCCUGUAUUACCUGAGAGAGCAGAAGUCUUUCAAAAGUGGAAAAUGUGGGGCGCCUGGGUGGCACAGCGGUUGAGCGUCUGCCUUCGGCUCAGGGCGUGAUCCCGGCGUUACAGGAUCGAGUCCCACAUCAGGCUCCUCCACUAGGAGCCUGCUUCUUCCUCUCCCACUGCCUGCUUGUGUUCCCUCUCUCGCUGGCUGUCUCUAUCUCUGUCGAAUAAAUAAAUAAAAUCUUUAAAAAAAAAAGUGGAAAAUGUGUUCAUAGUGUUGCAUAAUUUCACCUACAGCAUGUUAGUAUUUUUUUCUACACAUGUAUCUGGCACA